GUUCAGUGAUUGACAGACCUCUGACUUGGUCGUUGAGUUGAGAUGGCACAUCCAUGUGCCUGUUCCACCGUCAAGUGAUAGCGCGCGUCCCUCGUGAUCCUCAGUAGUGUCCGCGUACGCCCGCGAACGUCCCGCGAACAUCCCCCGAAAGUGAGUCCGGUGUGCCCCGAACAGGCUCACGUCCAAUGGCACAACCACGGGUGAGUUCAGGUCCACGUGCUACGAUGUAUGUGGUGCUCUUGUUUUCAAAUUGUCAAACAUCCAUCUAAUCUCAGGGUCAUCGCCAUAUUGUGUGUCUUCAACCACGUGUCAACAACUUCAGCAACAUCCAGUGAUACCUAGUGAUUGAUACCCAGUGAACAACUGCAUUUUUGUGUGCUACUGUGUGUGCUAAAACAUACCCCAACCACGAACCAAAAUGAUUGACCCUUACGAUUCGUCCAAUGUCAAAUCAGAGCUUUACACGUACGAAGAUGCGAUCCACCCGUACAUGGAUGCGCCGCCGGGUGCAAUGUACGACCCCCAUGUGCGACCCAUGCAAGCGAUGCAGGCCCACCACUCGCCCCACCUCAAUCACCACGCCACCGCCAACCUGCACCAGUUCCAUGCCACCCCCACCGCCCCCACGCCCAACCAUGUGCCGCCUCCACCCUCCGCCAACCACGUCAUGGGUGCUAUUCCUGAUGUCCACAAGCGUGACAAGGACUCCAUAUACGGGCAUCCGUUGUUCCCGUUGCUAGCUCUAAUAUUCGAGAAAUGCGAGCUUGCAACGUGCACGCCACGGGAGCCGGGAGUGGCUGGCGGCGACGUUUGCUCGUCCGAGUCCUUCAACGAGGAUAUCGCCGUCUUCUCAAAACAGAUCCGUCAAGAAAAACCCUACUAUAUCGCCGACCCUGAAGUUGAUUCACUGAUGGUCCAAGCAAUACAAGUUCUACGAUUUCACCUUUUAGAAUUGGAAAAGGUGCACGAGCUGUGUGAUAACUUCUGUCACCGGUACAUCAGCUGCCUGAAGGGCAAGAUGCCGAUCGACCUGGUCAUAGACGAGAGAGACUCUUCCAAGCCUCUGCCUGAGCUGGGAGGCUCCACCAAUGGUAACGACGGACGCAGCAAUGCUGAUUCCACCUCGCAUACCGACGGCGCCAGCACGCCUGAUGUGAUCAGCAGUAGCAGAGAGGAAAUGACUAAAUUAAGACCACCUUCGUCAUCCUUAUCGUACGGGGGGCACGGCAACGACGACGUGAGGUCCCCGGGGUCAGGGGGCACGCCGGGCCCUCUCUCCCAGCAACCCCCCUCGCAGCAGAGUCUCGACCACAACGACCCUGAUGCACUAGGUAAAUGGUGUCCUCGACGCGAAUGGUCGUCGCCGGCAGACGCACGAGCAGCGUCGGAUGCGGCACGACGCGGCGUCCUCUACUCGUCCGUCUUCCUCGGCAGUCCAGGAGAAUACAACUCUUGCGACGCGAGUAACGCGAGCAUCGGGAGCGGGGAGGGGACGGGCGAGGAGGACGACGACUCGGCCAAUGGCAAGAAGAACCAGAAGAAGCGCGGAAUCUUCCCCAAAGUGGCCACCAACAUACUGCGCGCUUGGCUCUUCCAACACCUCACCCAUCCUUACCCCUCGGAAGACCAGAAGAAACAGUUAGCCCAGGAUACGGGGUUAACAAUAUUACAAGUCAACAACUGGUUUAUCAAUGCGAGGCGGCGUAUCGUUCAACCAAUGAUAGACCAAUCAAAUAGGGCUGUGUUCUCUCCGCACGCAGGUCCGAGCGGCGCCUACAGCCCUGACGGAGCCAUGGGCUACAUGAUGGACAGUCAGCAGAUGAUGCACCGGGGCCCUGGGGAUCCGGCUUUCCACAACGAGUACCACUAUCCUCCUCAGUACUACGGUCAUCAUCUGUAGUCCAGGAUCCGGAUUGACGAUUGAGUUGUGGACUGAUGAGGGGUACAAGGGGUGAGGGGUGCAAGGAAGCAGCCAAUGCCGACCUUGGACCGACUCCCAGCUUCUUCUGGUUCGACUAAAUUACUGUUCGCUUGAUCUCUGUGGAAGCCUGGCGCGAUUAGUGUAGUUUUUUAGGCAAAAAUGAUUAAAAAUUAGGCGACCACGUAACAAUCACUCAGACGUGUGCGAAAAUUCAAAAUGGCCGACGGACGAACCGACGCUUCGAACAAGAAUUUCGUUGUGCGAGUUUUUCUCAACUACUCCGAACAUUGCAGGGAGUCCGCGAGAAAAAUGUGAUAUUUUUCUGUUAUGCCUGUGCGAAACUCUAAAAUUCUUUUUCGAAACGAUUUACCGGAAAGAAUUCAACAAACAUUCGUGAAUAAAUAAUAUUAAUAAUAAAUGAUAAACAACGGGAACCCGUUCGGCUAGACCUGUAAGAGAAAGACGAUUAACUAAAAAAAUUCAGUCCUUAAUUUUUAAUAACGUGAAUGUAAUAUGUUUGGAUUUGUGUUAUAUUAAUUUUCUGUACAGUGUAGCUACUGUUAAUAUUAGAGAAAUGAUUGAAGAGGAUGUGAAUGAAUAUGAACGAUGAUUAUUGAAUAUGUGUGUCUCGUUAUCUGAAGAUAAGAAUACGUAAAUGUACAAGGGGUUUAUUUUUAAUUAGUGGAAACUUCAGGGUAGGCGGGUCAUUUUUAUUGAAUGUUUUGCAGUUCACAUCAAUCAGAGAAUGUCUUACAAUUUUGCAUUAUUUAUAACUGAAUUGUCUUUAGAAAUUUUGUGUUUCAAAUUUUUUAGGAGUUUUUCCUAUGCAUUCGAUAUUUUUUUAACUCUCACCUACGAUUGUGACAAUUUUUUCGUAUACUGAGAAGAAUGAUAUUAUACCGUGAUAGAUAUUAUUAUACAAAGCAUCACAUUACAUUUUAUUAUGUUCAGAACCAUACCAUCACAAUUAUAUUGAUUCACAAUGUAAUGGUGCAGGUCACCACAUUGUUUAGGGACGAUUUUAUUCUACCAUUUUGAAAUGGUAUUUUUCUGAAUGAUUAUGAUUAUCACUUCAAUUUUGAGAAGUGCGUUGCAAUUUGUGAUUAUAUUUUUUUAAUUUAUUGAAUAUUUUUCAUCUGUAAUACUCAUUUUACAUCACAACCAAUUUGAAUGAGAUUUGAAAUUUCUUCACACAUUAUUCCAUAAAUAUUAAGGUAUCUUAUCUUUACUGUUUAAUCUCAUUUAUUUAUUUUAUCACGAAACCAUAUUGAUAUUGUUGGAUAAGUUGUUGAAAAUUCGUUAUUAAUUAUAAUCCGUGAUUAUCUGUAUUAAACAAAAUAUAUUGAUUGAUCUAAGAUGACUGUCCUUAUUGGGAUGAUAUCUGACGAUACAAGGAAAAUAUACUCAUGUAUACUCAAACCGAUUCCUGUUGAAUGAUGCCAAGAAAAUUUAUUUAUUCUAUAAAACUUUUAUCUUUAUUUUCCAAGAUUGAUACUCCAAUGUAGAGUAUAGCCAGAAUCUGAGUUUAUAGGGCUACUUUUAUGUUGUGUUCUGAUCCAACCCGUUUACUCUGCUGUGGUUUUGGAGAUUUUGAGGGAGUUGAUUAUAAGAUAAAAAUUGAGUUAUUCCUAGAGACACGUUGAGCAAAAAGAUGUUCCCUUCACUCAAUAGCGAGAGAUUGAAGCUCAAUUUCCUUUACACCGGUCGGUGAUUUCAAGUUCACGAGUUCAUACAUCUUAGAUAAAUUCUUGGUCUCAUUUCAUAGGAAAGUGUAUGUAAAUAUUUUGGGAUUUCAUGAUUCCAAAUUUAUAAAUAUGUAUUAUACAUUAUAUACUAGGUACCAUGUUAUAUAUAUAAAUAUAUUAAGACUUUGAAUGUAUUUCGUAUAUUUUGGUGCGAACAAAUUAUUUAGCGAAAUGUGUGCUAUAACCUCUUUGUGUUCAGUAUUUGGUUGGAAAAUUCAAUCACUGAAUGCGAAAGCCCUCGCUUUUUGGCCCUGCUCACAGGCCUUUUAAACACUUCCAGCCCCAAAAUAAUACUCAUUGUAUCCUUUUACUAUGUCUGUUUCACUUUUUAAUGACCGAUUGACAAUUCACUAAAUUAGUAUCUCUUCAUCCAGUACACGUCUACGAGAGAAAUAUCAUUAUGACGUAGAGGGUGGUUUUAAUUAAUGUCAACAUCCUCCUGUUUGUAUACCAAUUUUAUAAUUAAUUAUUUAUUCGGCAGGCUCUCAACCUGACCAGGCAAUGUGGCUGUUUUAUAUAUUAUAUAUAUUAUAUUGUAUUGUUGAGGAUUUCUACAUAAAAUUACUGAUACGAUGAAUGUAAUAGCAUGGUAUACCAAAAAAUAUAUUACGAAACUUUAUUUGUAACGGAUAAAAACAAUAAUAUUAUAUUUUCAGGAGAUAUGUACUAGUAAAUAGUUAAGAUUUUAAAGUCUAAUGAUAUGAACUUGACACAAAGUAUACGAAUUUUUCUACAAACUAAUUAUGGUAUAACUUAACGAUAAUAAUUAUAUUUAUUGUAAUAGAGCAGUCGAAAGGGGUCAUUCAAUUCAAUCUAUCUGUUCAUCAUAAUCUUGAAAAACUUGAAUCGUUUAUUAGAACUGAUUGGAGAGCAAGGGUUGAUUUCAUGUUUUAUGUAAUCUUUCAUGGUUGUGCUGUUUGUAUAAAAGAAAAUAGUUGUUAUUAUGAUUUGUUGUAAUGCUUUUGUUGCUCCUGUUGAGAAAGUGUAGACCUGCGCACUUACAAUCUAAUUUCAUUUUAUAUCGGAACGUGAAAUAUUACUAUCAAAAAUUAAUAAAUUGAAUAAAAUUUUCGAAAUUAUGAAUUUUAAUCAAUACACUACUUCAAGGUUAUAAAUAGUAUAAAUUCAAUUAUUGCAAAACUGGACUGGAAAAGUCAUUUUGUUGUUGGGCAUUGAUUGUACCGAAAUCAAUUGAAUAGCCAAAGCAAAGUUUUCACAGACUAUGAUUUUCGGACUUUCAACAUGAUAUUAAUUUCUAUGGUUCUCCUAUAUUAUCUAAAUUUAUUUUCAUUCUAUUUCCAAAAACUUGAAUGAUAAAACAUUACUGCAUUUACUUAUCUCUAUUCAUUUAGUAUCAAAGAGUAAAAAAUUGUUGAGCUGAAAAAAAUAUUGAAUUGAAAACUUUACGAAUUCUCUUCUAAAAAUUAGCAGAUCUUGAAAUAGCAUUACACUAUGUAUGCACUCUCCUAUUCUUUGGAUCAAUUUUCAACAAUUCCGUUUACAUGAUGCCAUAUAACCUUUUUUCAGCCUCUGUAAAAGCAUAUUAGAAUUGUUUAUAAAACGGAUGAUCUGUUUUAGAUUAUAUCAAACCAAGAUUAAAUAAAAUUUUUUUGUAAAACAAAUUUGAUUAUAAGUGUAAGAAAUUCAAUUUUACAACUUUCAAUUCCUGUUGACUUCAAAUAAUGCUCAAUAUUUAUUGAAAAAUAUUGUAUUCCAGUUGAGUUCGUUAUUUACCAGUUUAUAAAAUUGAAAUUUGAUUUCUGCUUUGCCACUGUAUUUUUUUAAAUUAUUCGACUAAUAUACCAUGUUGUAUACUACCGGGGAAAUUAAUCUAAUUCUUCAAAUUUUAAUUUUGUUAAUGUAUUCAGUAAUAUACUAGAAUGUAAUAAUUAUUAUUUGGUAGAGUUGGUUGCUCAUACCAUGUUCCUGCAAGCUAAAGCAAUAAAACUCUGAUGAACUAGUACCCUAUUCACUGAACAGAUAAUUCACAAUCAAAAAUCAACAAGUAAAUUAUUGUAUGAUGAUGCAGGCGGGUGAAGUGAGGCUACUUUUGUAUUUCAUUUUCGAAUUCCAAGUGAGACAUCCAUUUACCCGCCAAGCCUUAAAUAUGUAUACGGAAACAUAAUUAUGUUUAACUACCACAUAGAAAUCUGUACAACAAACGUUUCUUUCGGUCAAGAAUUUUAUCCUAUGUAAAUUGCAAUCCCAUUUUUGAAACGUGAGCAUUAAAUGCUGAAUAUCUUGUGUA